AAUGGGUCUAAUGAUUCAUAUGAAAUUUGUUAUAUUCGCGCGUGAACCAACAGCUAGCUACCCUUCAUAAUCUGUACACAGCGGUGCAUCUAAACUGGCCGGGAGCCUGCUCGUGACUCCUGACGCCCGGCUCUGCAUGCAAAGCCGGUAGAUGUUCAACAUUGAGAUGCAGUAAAAAGUUUUUCCACAAACACCGUACUUUUUGGCUUAAAUUAUAUUGACAAUGGCAUUUAAGUUAUUGACACCUCACGUUAUUAGAUUUAUUAUCUAACGAUGCUUUUUGGAUUGCUUUUACUUUUAGAAUUUUUCUUUUCGAUUUAAAUUUAUAUACUGUGUGGGUAUCUUCAGCUUAAUGAUACCCACACAGUUAUAGAUUAUGGCUUAUAGUUUAGGUGACCGAUUUCCACCAGAUCCCAAGUACUUUACUCUCCUUGAUCCUGGAGCGUAUCAAAGUGAAAAAAGGGCUUUCAAACAAAAUGCCGCUCCCUUCCUCUCAAAUACUCCACGCCGCACCAAUCCCGGAAAUAAGAUAUGGACACAAGCAGUUUAUAAACAGCAUGAUUCUCAUACAAUUCCUAACUGCUCUGCCAUGCUUUCGAAACAACCAAGAUUCCCGUAUGACCCUUUUAGUGCGGAAGACCUGGAGGAGAUAUUAUGUAAAUGCGGUAUUGUAAGCUCUUGUGAAUGUGUUACUGGCAAAGAACAAGAAAAGGAAGUGAUUUGUCAAGGUAAAGUAAGGCGUCGAAUAUAUAAAGGUCCUACCCCACGAUCCAUUUUGGGAGAUGAAGGUUUAUCAGCACCAUCUAGAAACGAUCAUGGAUUUAGUAUUUUAGCGGAUGGCACUCAGAUUCGAAAAAGAACAGAAGUAAAAGACGAAAAACCCCCUUUUUAUGAUGCACGGGUUAACGAAGCUACUGCUUUUUAUAGAGGAUGCAAAUGGAGUCAACGAACUACAAAGCGAUCACAAGAUCCUCCUAUUGGUAAGCCCGGCCCUGGUCACUAUAACCUCGUAAGAGAACCUACACCAGAAGAAAUUUGUGCAGAAGAAGUCCGUGCAUUUAAAAGAAAAACAUCGAAGCAAAUGCGUUUCAUAGAAAUAAUUCAGACGAAAAAUAUUUUAGACGACCAUCCAGGACCCGCACAUUACAGGCCAAUGUCACCAAAAGGAACGGAACUUACAUCUACAAUCUCUAAGGCUAAAAGGUUCUUUUCAUCAAAAUACGAUAUUUCUCCGGGUCCACAAAAUUACUUUAUUAAAAGAGAUUUCGAAACCGAUCCAUCUACUUACCUUUGCCAUGCCAUUCUACCAGAGAAAUCUGCAUUUGGAACAAAAGCAAGGCGAUUUAAACAUCAAUAUAUUGAGGGACCUAGUCCAGCGUCUUAUGAUGUAAACUCAAAAAUAUGUAACUUUGUCCAUUGCCCAACUGCACCAUUUGGAACUUCUGCUAAACGUUUCAAAAAGGAUAUCAUGGAGGAAAUCGAAGAAUUCGAUUUGUUAGACGAUGAAACGUUACAAGAUAAAACGGAAGAAGAAAUAUGUGUGAUGCCAACAUGGGAAUUUAAAUCUAAAACUAUUCGAAUGAAACCUUUAGUUAAACGGAACGAUGAGCCUAGUCCAGCCGAUUUACCACAAAAUCUCAUUCAAGUCGAUGAUGCUCCUCGUUCGUCUGAAUUACAGCUUGUUGCCCCUUUUUUUUCAUCUGAGGGUCGUUUUCAACCAUGGUUCAAUUGGAUACCCAUUUGUAACCCAAUGGAAACACCUGGACCAGGUGAAUAUUGUACGGAUAAACCUGAAUGUACGCCUGCGGUCGUUAAAGGCCCUCUAUGUAGAGCAGAGCGUUUUCCAGUAGGUAGAUACAAAAGUCCUUCACCGAAUAAGUAUAGGAUUCACGAUGGAAUCGAAACCAUCUUAGCAACACACAAUCUAAGGUUGAAAAAGAAUGUAAACGCUAAUAAUGCUUCAUUUCGUUGGGAACAACCACAAGAACAAAAAAGUUUAAGCUACGAAGAACAAGAAGCUGAGCUAUUAUCUAAAUCUAUUUCUUUAUUAGACCCAGAAGACGACGAACCUCAAAAACCAGUUCAUAUAAUUCCACAACCGGUAGUUGCAGAAAAAGACAAACCAAAAAUGUUACGCACCUUCUUAUAUGCAAGACCUUUACCCAAGUAUAUGUAGAAAAAUCUGGCAUAUCCAUGGUGACUUAUUUUGAUAGUUGUUGUAAAAUGUUACCCGUUACAGCCUCUCGAACUCAUAUCCACGAAAUAAUCAUUAAAAUUUUAUUCACCGCCUUUUUCCUAUUGAGCUGCAGUGCUUGACAAUGUAGUAUUUUAAUGACAUCAAUGAUGUCGAGUUGAUGCUUCAAUGUAAAGUAAAACCCAA